AUGGUACUGUGUGGCAUUUCAUCCAAUGCAAUGCCACGUUUCAGACUAAACAAUUGCUGGAAUGGUCCGAAAGAAUGGACAGCGCGGUGGUCUCGAACAUUCCACCCAUCACUGUCAAUUCAAUUGCGUCAAUUGCACCGAUGGAGUCAAGAGGAAAAUGAGUUGAUCAUAAAAAUGCGCGGCGAUGGAGCUCCUGUUCGGGAAAUUUCAGCAUGCCUACCACAUCGCACAUUUCAUGCUACGGGGAUCCAGAUAGGCAAACUUAUGGCAAGGAGUCCGGAGCUUAUCCAGCGAACCCCACAGCCCGGGAAGCAAUUGGAUGAUGCAGAUUACCAUCGUAUAACGGAGGCAAAAGAAAACAAACAUCGACCGUCGUGGAAACACAUUCAGGAAACCUAUUUUCCUCACAUACCGAUCAUGACUCUAACCAGAAAUUGGCACCGCCACCGUAAUUCCCGAGUCGCAUCGCCUUCUUCUUCUUCUGGGGCUCCGUGGACUCUCUCUGAAGACGAGCAACUUCUCAGACUGAGGGAGGCGCCGAGAGUGCCAUGGACCGCAGUGAUGAGAGCCCUACCUGGGCGGAGCGAAUAUUCUUUGGUAGGGCGAUAUCGAAAGCUUCGCACAAGCAUCACCACUUCUCCCAGUGUCCCGAAAAUUGGCGCCUGGACRGAGGCAGAGACCGCGAAAGUCCUGCGUCUGACAGCGCAUGGGGUGCAAAAUAGCGACAUAGCACGCGCUGUUGGAAGAACUAUGCCGGCAGUCGUGCAGCAAAAACACUUGUUGCGCACAAGUAAAAUUUCUGCUGCUCGAGACUUGGCCAACGAGUCGCGCGCCCGGCGACUAUGGACAAGCGAAGAAUUGGAACGCGCGGUGACGCUGCAAGCUUCGGGUCACGAUUCCAUGCACAUCGCGCAACAGCUUAACAGAACGUGGGCCAGCGUCGAGUACAGGCUUUUUUACAUGGAGCCGAGCGAGAAAGCACUCAUGCUGGAAAACGCAAGAUUGAGGGUUGAGAAUGAGAAAAAGGAGAAGAAGGUGGAGGAUGUAACCGAGGAACCCAAGCUGAAGAGUCGCGAGUAG